CGAGGCGCGUUGAGGCCAUCGCUGGAAAUUUGGAGCUUCAGCUGAAGAACAGAACGGCCGACUUUGAUUAUUUUUCACUAGCUUUGGAUGAGAGCUGUGAUGUACGCGACACCGCCCAGCUGCUCAUCUUUUUACGUGGGAUAACUUCGGACUUUCAAAUCACGGAGGAGCUUGCAGCCAUGCAGUCAAUUAAAGGGAGAACCACAGGUAGUGACUUGUUCACAGAGGUAAAUGCGUGUUUGGACAUUUUAGGACUGAAAUGGGACAAGCUGGCAGGUGUGACAACAGAUGGUUGUCCAAAUCUGACGGGGAAAAAUGUUGGACUUUUAAAGAGGAUGCAGGAUAAAGUGACUGAAAUUAACCCUGUGCAGAAAUUGAAAUUUUUACACUGCAUUAUACAUCAGGAAGUGUUGUGUAAGACAGUGUUAAAAAUUAACCAUGUUGUUGAUGUUGUAAGUAAAACAGUUAACUUUAUCAGAGCGAGAGCGUUAAAUCAUAGACAAUUUGUUGCACUUUUGGAGGAAAAUGAGAGUGAACAUGGUGACAUAAGCUACCACAGCAACAUCAGGUGGCUCAGCCUGGGAAAAGUUCUGAAAAGUGUCUGGGACCUUAGAGACCAGAUUCAGAAAUUCUGUGGGGAAAAAGGACAUGACAUCCCAGAACUUUCAGAUGAAGACUGGGUGGCAGACCUCGGAUUCGCUGUGGAUGUGACUGCACUCAUGAACGAACUGAAUGUCAAACUGCAGCGCAAGGGCCUUUUUGUGCAUGAGAUGUACAGUUCAGUGACGGCUUUCAUGAGAAAGUUGCAGCUUCUCUCAAGCCAAGUGAAGGACAACAUUCUGACACACUUGCCAACACUAAAAGAAGCCACAAGAUCAGCCGAUCACCUCCACAAAUACUCAAGCAAGUUAGAAGCACUGCAUGGAGAGUUUUCGAGGCGAUUUCAAGAUUUCAAAACUAUUGAGAGUGAAAUGCACAUGGUUUCUUCUCCCUUCAACUGCAGUGUGGACAAUGCACCAAGCGAUGUUCAGAUGGAGCUCAUUGACCUGCAGUCUGACCUACUUCUGGCCGAGCACUUCAGGUCAGUUUCAUUGCUGGACUUUUACUCCUCCCUCAAAGAGGAGAACUUUCCACACCUGAGGAGGCAUGCUCAGAUGAUUCUGGUCCUCUUUGGAUCCACCUACGUAUGUGAACAGACAUUUUCUGUGAUGAAGUUUAACUAA